CACCAUCACCAGAGGAACUUGAGAAAUUCAAGGAGUAUGUGCUAGAAAAGUAUGACGAGAAUUGUGACGGCAAAAUAAGUAUGGAUGAGCUCGAGAACAUUCUUCCUACAGAGGAAAACUACUUGAAGCAAUUUCGAGCAGAGUUCUCAUCUUAGAAAAUGGAUAGUAUACAAUUCAUAAAGAUCUGGAAUCACUAUGAUAGUGACAGAAGCGGGUACAUGGAGGGGGACGAAAUCGAAGCGUUUCUGAAAGAUUGGUUGGAAGCAGACGAUCAAACCGUGUCCCCGCAGCGAAUUUCGGACUACAAAAAUUUUAUAAUGGAUCGCUACGACGACAACAAAGACGGGAAAAUUGGAUUGAAAGAACUUGCCAAGAUCCUGCCUCCUGAAGAGAACUUCUUCGCUAGGUUUCAGGGAAAGAAGUGUUUAUCAAAAGAGGACUUCGAAGCAGUGUUUGACCAUUAUGACACGGACAAGAGCGGUGAAAUCGAAGGCUCUGAACUGUUGGUUCUCUUGCGUGACGUCAUGAAACGGAUGGGACUGGAACCCGACAACGCUGCAGAGCUGGAGAAAAUGAGAGAAGUCGUUCUUGAAGUCAGCGAUAAAGACAAGGAUGGGAAACUUUCCAAAAGCGAGUUGUCGAUGCUGUUGUCCGACAUGAAUGAGUAAACAUUUUCAAUAACAACGGAUGAGAACUUUACAAGAUAAUGAGAGUUUUGAAUUGGUAUUUAUUAGACGCAUGUGGUAUAGCGACUUGGCAAAGCAAAUUGUGAAAUUAGGCAUCUUUGCUAGGAAUUGAAUGGCUUGGAUCUUCCCUUGGACAACCUACUACAUGUUUACAACUCAACCUUACCAGCAUGAAGGAGAUAACUUUAAUACUAUGCCAGUCUUCUUUCAAGAAUUUUUGGGGGAAACACCAGAAAUUUCCCUGUUUUUCUAAUCUCUUUUUUGUAGAAUAAGCAUUUUUUAAUUCUUCGAAACUUUCCCCUGAGUUUUCUCAUUUGGCACAAACCGUGGUAGAUCCUCACGUCUUUUUUCUAAAACAGUGCGAUAGAAGUUUUAAAAAAGAACAAUAUUGUCCAGUUGCCCCAAGUUUCGUAAAUUAGAAUUUAAAUUGUCAAUUCAGUCUUUUUACAUGUUGAAUUUGAAGCAUUUUAGGAGUUUUCUAUUUGCCAAGAAAUCCUUUCAUUUGAAAAAUUAUCUUUGUCCGUGAAUAAUGUACCUCAUGAUAAAAUAAACAGGUACUUUCUGCGUUGA